GCCGCCCGCCCCCAGCCCCUAGGCUGCGCCUGCCCGGUUCUCGCGCUCUGGGCGCAGUCUGUCCCGCGCGCAGCGCUCCGGGAGUGUCCCGGGGCUGCCCCCAGCCCGGCCGGUCGCCGGGGGCUCUGGGAGCCGGGCCGGGCCGAACCCGGCGGCUGUACUCGAGCGGGGCUCGGGGCUCGAUACCCGGGAGGGGCCGCUCCGCUCCGGGGCGCAGCGUCCUGGGCUGGCCCGUGCGCUCCGGGCCCCACCCGCCGCAGUGCCCGGCCCAGCGCGGAGCGCAGCUGCUGGAGCAGCGCCGGCCCCGCUCGGGGACCCCGCUCCCAGCUCAGCCCCACGAGGCCUUCAUGGAGCUUGGGAAGAAGCUAGCCUUGGUCCGGCAGGGGGAGGGCGAGAAGUACGUGGUGCUGAAGCGACGCUCCCAGGAAGCAGCGCCUGGCCCGCCGGCCGGCAUGGCCCUGUGGGAGGGCCCGCGGGCAGGGCCAGAGGAAGAGGCUGCAUUGCCCCACAUCCUGGUCACUGACUUCAGUGCUUCGAGCACUGCAGCCUGGGGCAGCCUCGAGGGGGUCCCUGCUACAGCCCCCGACCCACAGCCGGAGUCCGAGCCCCCAAGAGCGGCAGAGGAGGAUGCAGAGAGCGUCUCCAAGCCGGAGUCGGAGCAGGACGCCUCCGAAGAUGGAGGGAGCAGCCUGGGCUCCAGCUCUGUGGCGCUGGACCCUGUGGAGAAGGAGUGGCUGCAAGGGGCGGCCAGCGGGCACCUGCUCACCCUGAGUCACCUGCUCAAACAGGAGCCGUCCCUGGCCACCAGGAAGGACUUCACCUCGGGGUUUACAGCGCUGCACUGGGCGGCCAAGCACGGCAAGGAGGACUUGGUCUCGCUGCUAGUGGCUGCAGGAGCCGAUGUGAACACGCGCUCGCUCCCCAUGCUCGGACCCAGCACGGCGGCUACACCCCACUACACAUUGCUGCUCUGCAUGGACACCGCCAGGUCAUGGACCUGCUCGUCCGCAGCUACGGUGCCAAGCAGAACGUGCGGGAUCACAGUGGGCACCUGGCCAGACACUACCUGGGAGCAGAGAAGCCGCUGGACAGAGCCGCCACGCUGCCCCGUGACGGCUGCUUACAACCUCCAGCCCCUGCUCCUGCCCGGCCCCGUGCUGUGUGCCCCCUGCUUCGGCCAGGGCCUGCCCGCGGAGCUGUCCCGAGCCAGGGCGGCCACCUCCCGGGAGAGCACCAGCGCCCUGAAGGCCUGGCUGGGCCAGCACUUGAGGAACCCCUACCCCAGCAAGGGCGAGAAGGUCAUGCUGGCCAUCAUCAGCAAGAUGAGCCUCCCCCAGGUCUCCACGUGGUUCGCCAACGCCCGCCGGCGCCUCAGGAAGGAGAAGCGUCUGCGUCGGGCCCCCCGCAGCAAGUGGGACAGAGAUGCCAGCGAGGGCGAGGCGGAGUGCGAGCAACAGCAGGGCGAGGGGCCGGGUGGCAGCCCCAAGGGGGUCAGCCCUGGCCCCUGUCUGGAGUCAGAGCACCAGCGGCCAAGCCCCAAGCCCAACGCUGCUGGGCUGACACCGGAGACGCAGCCCCAGCAGCCCAAGCGCUGGUGUCUGGCUGAGACCGCGACAUGCACCCGGCAGGAGCAGAGCUCCUGCCUGCGGCUGGAGGUGGCACCCCCCGGCUGGGGCCUUGGGGCGCCAGGGGGAGCCACGUACGUCCUACCCCCACAGCUCAGCCUGGCCCUUCCCUGGCGCACCGAGAGCCACCGGACGCCCCCACUGUGACGGCAGGGCCCAGGCAGCAACCGGCCUGGGACUCACAGCGGGGAGCGGGGGGCUCUGCCCACGGGGACCCAGGCUGUGCAGAGGCCCUCCCAGGUGUUCAGCGGUGCAAGAGGCGGGGGGGGCUGUAGAUUUGGGGGAGGCUCUAGGGUAAAGAGUGAGUCUGUGGGGCAACAAGGGCCUGGGGGCUGGUUCCUUGCGUGGCUCCCAGAAGCCAAUAAAAUAUGUCGGGGGAGGGGGAGCCAGGAGGGGGCUGGAGGUUGGGGAGGGGGAGGCCAGGGGGCUAGAGCCUGCGGCUCGGGACGGUGGGGGAGGCCAGGCGGAGUGGGUUUGAAUGGGGCCCAGACCCCAGCCCAGGCAAGGUCGCUCCCAUUGGGCUGUUGCCAGGGUUGUCACCAGCCCCACAGGAUGGCAAGCGACAGGGCCAAGAGGGGCAGUGGGGCCAGCCCCACGUGCUCAGGCCAGAAGUCUGCACUUCAGUCACACUGUCCCUAACCUGGUGUCCCCCCAGCGCUCCCCUCGGGGGGCUCAGCGCCUAGCUGGGGGCCUGGGGCGGUGCCCACACAGCCGGGGCACUUGGGCUUUGCCGUGGUCUGUCUAAUAAAGCUGAAUAAGCAACUCGACA